UCGCCGUCGACCAGCAGCACCCAGAUCACCGGAGCAUCAUCUCAUAACAGCAAUGUCGAUCGUCAGGCGCAGCAACAUCUUCGACCCCUUCUCCCUCGACGUCUGGGACCCCUUCCAGGGCUUCCCCUUCGAUGCCUUCCGUUCCCUUGCGGAGACGCGCCCCGGCUUCGUGAGCGAGACCUCCGCCUUCGCAAACACCCGAAUAGAUUGGAAGGAGACGCCCGAGGCGCACGUCUUCAAGGCUGACCUGCCGGGGGUGAAGAAGGAGGAGGUGAAGGUGGAGGUGGAGGAAGGCAGGGUCCUCCAGAUCAGCGGCGAGCGGAGCAAGGAGAAGGAGGAGAAGAGAGACAAGUGGCACCGCGUGGAGCGGAGCAGCGGCAAGUUCCUGAGGAGAUUCAGGUUACCAGAGAAUGCCAAGGUGGAUCAGUUGAAGGCGUCCAUGGAGAACGGUGUCCUGACCGUGACGGUGCCCAAGGAGGAGGCGAAGAAGAAGCCGGAGAUGAAGUCCAUCGAGAUCUCGGGCUGAGCUCGUAAUGGAACACACAACCUCUGUCGUCAGCCAAUCUAUGUACUGUGUGAUCGGAAAAAUAAGCUCGCUCGAGCGUUGAAUGUCUGUUAUCAGUAUGUCCAAGUCAGCUGUCCGAUUUGUGUCUUGUUGUCCGUAGUCGACCUUCUCGUGUGCAGUCCGCUCGGAAUUGAAGUCCUCGUCAAUCGUCUUUGUUACAAGUAUUAAUGGUUAUACAUCAUCAUCAUUAUUAUUAUUAUUA